UGGUAUAAUACAACAAUAUAUUUGCGGCAACUGAAAAAAUAGCGAGUUGAUUUCUUCACACGCAUAAAAUACUGACAAUUUAGCAAAAUGAGGAGCGGCGAGUUCUUAAUUUUAGUCGUAUUCGUCGCCACUUUGAUUAGUGUAGAGGGCGCUCCACAAGAGGAAGAUGAAGCAGCUGCUGCCUUCGUGGCACAAUCUGCCGAUUUUAGAGACGCAAGGCAAACGUCGUCGUUCAAACACAACAUGCGAAGGAGAAGUCUUAAAGAAUUGAUGAUGAUUAGAAAAUACGUGCAAGACGAACUUGAAGAGGUCAACAGGGCGAUACGGUGGAAAUCCAACUUUAGGGCGCAAGCAGCUGACGACGGUAACGACUACGGUGAAGACGAUGGUGAUUACGGCGAUGAGUAACAACAAAGCAUAUACGAUGCGGGGAUGGUUAGAAAAUUUGUCCCUAUUUAAGAUGGUUUAUUUCUGGUUAUCUAUACGAAUAAACACGCUUAAGACGAAC